UUCAGAUUAUCAACCAACGGAUAUUCUUCCUUAUUUGUAAUUAUAAUUAUCUUCCUACCACAGUCACUUUGUCUAUAUAUAUAAACUUAAGAUAGUUAUACAUUAUUCACUACCAUACAAAUAAAGUUAUUACUUUGACGGAACUCGAUUUGCAAUAAUAAUCCUCCUGCCCAAGAACAAAACAGAGAAACAUGAAAGCCUUUUACUACAUUUUAGCAGUUCAAUUUCUGUUUGUAGUCUCAGCAUAUUCUCAGGAUUUUGAUUUCUUUUACUUUGUUCAACAGUGGCCUGGAUCAUACUGUGAUACGGAGAAGAGUUGCUGCUAUCCAAGUACAGGAAAACCAGAAGCAGAUUUUGGAAUUCAUGGACUUUGGCCUAAUUAUAAUGAUGGUUCUUACCCUUCUAGCUGUGAUCCUAGCAGCCAGUUCGAUCAAUCUCAGACAUCAAGUCUAUUGAAGAGAAUGAGAACAGAAUGGCCGACAUUGGCAUGUCCAAGUGGUGAUGGAUUGAAGUUUUGGUCACAUGAAUGGGAAAAGCAUGGGACUUGUUCAGCCCUUGGACAACAUGACUACUUCCAAACUGCUCUUGACCUCAAAAAUCAAGCUAAUCUUCUCCAAUCACUUACAAGUGCAGGAAUUGAGCCAAAUGGAAACUCGUACACAUUAGAAAGCAUAAAGGAUGCAAUUAAACAAAGUGUUGGAUUUACACCUUUUGUGGAGUGCAAUGAUGAUACAUCUGGCAAUAGUCAACUCUACCAGAUUUACCUUUGCGUUGACAAUUCUGCAUCUAACCUUAUUGAGUGUCCUACUUUCCCUCAUGGCAAAUGUGGUUCUCAAAUUGAAUUUCCAUCCUUUUGAUUUUGUAAUCAAGUUAAUCAUUUAGGUCAUCAAAAGACCUUUGUUGUUUGUCACAAAUAUUUGUACUAUCAUUUUUCGAAUAAGAAUUCUUAAUUUCUUAUACUCGUAUUUUGUUUAUAAUGAUAAUAUUUAAUAUCUUAUUGUGCAUUUGUGCGAUUUUACAUUUUUAA